UAAAAACAACUGAAAUAUUCUUGAUUGCUAAAACAAAGUAGAUGCGGGAAAUAUCGCUCAAAGGAAGACGUGAAACUGCUACAGGAAAAUACCCCCCAAAAAAGAAAAAGCCACCAAAAUAGGAGCGCAAGACAAGAACUGAAACACUUGUUUAAAGUCAUAUCCAACAAUUGCGACAACGACUUUUUCCUGUCAACUGAGUUUUGCUUUUUAAUGAUUUCUGCUGGUGGUUUGCCUACGCAUUUUUUCAAGGCAAAAAAUGUGCCUUGGUUCAAAAAAGGUUGAAAAACACUGACCAAGAAGAUCUCAGACAUUGAUGUUAUUUUGUCCCGAGGAAGUGUACUUUCGAUGAAAAUUGCAUUUAGGCAAACUAAAGUUUCAAAAUAGAAACUCCGUGACAUUUUAGUUUUUAAAGAGAAAUACAUGAAUGCAUUUAUUCAAAUUUAUAGAAAGUGAGUGAAUCGAAAACAUUCCGAGUUAAAAAAAAAAAAAAAAAGGAGCGGGAGUAGUGACGAAUGAGGCAACGAGUGAAGGAAAAUGUAUUUACCUUGUGAAGAAAUGUGGCAGGGCGAGGCCGAGUCGCACGAAGACUUCCCAAAAGUCUUCCAGCAACUUUGCUGACUAUCCGCGUCGAGGCCAUUUUUCAAGCGCCAACCGUAUUCAGCAGUCUACUUCAGUCCAUUCUGCUUGAAAACCAGCCUGCUGUGCGUUGCUAUAAACUCCGAAAAAAGAGUACAAUGUGUAGGAAAGGAGAGGCCAGAAGACGGCACGUCAACAGCGGGACAGCAGAAGCCACAGCCCAGUUUCCUCUUUGGCUGACGUCCCCUCCCUCUGGCUGCACUUUCCAGCUGCUAGUUUUGUCUUACUGUGUGUGUGAGUGUGUGUGAGAGGGCAGAACCACCGGCUGGGGAGGCGAGAGAAAAGAAAAGUGAGUGCGGGAGCUUCAAUGUUGAAACCACCGCGUCAUUUGUGACGCUAAUUGCUAACAGCUAGCUAGCCAGCUAGCUCGUCUACAGUUAAAUGUUUCAGAAAGAAGACAAGUAUGGGGAAAAAGAGGUUCGCCAUCGACACUGGAAAGCCACCAACAACAGUGUCUUGUGCGAGUACUGCCACCAGAGUCGUGUAUAGAGAGAGUAUGGCCAACCCGGUUUCAGAAAGAAGACAAGUAUGGGGAAAAAGAGGUUCGCCAUCGACACUGGAGAGCCACCAACAACAGUGUCUUGUGCGAGUCUGUUUCAGAAAGAAGACAAGUAUGGGGAAAAAAAGGUUCGCCAUCGACACUGGAGAGCCACCAACAACAGUGUCUUGUGCAAGCCUACACACCAAAGGACUGAUGCCAGUUACAAUGCAGAGUCAUCAAUACUCCCAGAGAGAAGACUGAGAGGGAGAGGCUGGAUCUAAUCAAUAUGCCGUGGCAAGCAGUUAAGAAUGUACAAUGAGGUCGACUCACCUUCGCAAUCCUUCCUCUCUCCACCGGCUACACCUUUCAUCUUCAAAGGAUGGCGGCCAGGCCAGGGCUGUAAUUUCUACAUCAAGGAGCGGAUGACGAGCAGGUGGAGCGGGAUAAAGCCGAGCGGAGGGAUUUAACCUGUGAGCUCACCUGAGAGGCAGCAUGCCCCAGUUGUCAGGAGGCGGUGGCGGCGGUGGAGGUGCAGGAGACCCGGAGCUGUGCGCCACGGAUGAAAUGAUCCCCUUCAAAGACGAAGGAGACCCGCACAAGGAGCAAAUCUUUGCCGAGCUCAGCCACUCCGAGGAGGAGGGAGACCUGGCAGACAUCAAGUCCUCGCUGGUCAAUGAGUCAGAGGGCAGCCCAAACAGCAACAGUCAUGAUGCGGUGAGACAGUCCCAAGACUCCUACCAUGAAAAACACAGAGACCAUCCCGAUGACGGGAAGCAUCAGGACAUGUACAACAAAGGCCAUCCGUAUCCCAGCUACUCGAGCUACAUCAUGAUGAGCAAUAUGAACGAUUCCUACAUGACCAAUGGCUCCCUCUCGCCGCCCAUGCCCAGAACGAAUGUGCUGUGGGCCAAUAAAAAAGCGAGCUGCGGGCCGCAAAUGGCCCCGAGGCAGGACUUUGGACACUCCUGGUUUAGGUCCAACAAAGUACCUGUGGUGCAGCCGUCCCAUGCAGUCCAUCCGCUCACCCCGCUGAUUACGUACAGCGACGAGCACUUCGCUCCGGGUUCCCAUUCCGGCCAUCACCCCCAGGAUGCCAAACAACAAGGAAUGUCAAGGCAUCACCCCGGACCCGACAUGUCCAACUUCUACUCACUGUCCCCUGGAGGAGUCGGACAGAUCACACCGCCGCUGGGAUGGUUCUCCCACCACAUGGUCCCCGGACCACCAGGUCCUCACGCCACAGGGAUCCCCCACCCAGCCAUCGUCAACCCCCAGGUCAAACACGAACCCCUGCACGAAACGGACAUCAUGCACAUGAAGCCUCCACACGAACAGAGAAAGGAGCAGGAGCCCAAAAGACCGCACAUCAAGAAGCCGCUAAACGCCUUCAUGCUUUACAUGAAAGAGAUGCGCGCCAACGUGGUCGCUGAGUGCACGCUGAAAGAGAGCGCCGCUAUCAAUCAGAUCCUGGGACGGCGGUGGCACGCCUUAUCUCGGGAAGAGCAAGCUAAGUAUUAUGAGUUAGCCCGCAAGGAACGGCAGCUCCACAUGCAGCUCUACCCUGGCUGGUCUGCUCGAGACAACUAUGGAAAGAAGAAGAAGCGGAAGCGGGAGAAGAUGCAGGAGUCGGCCACGGGUACAGGCCAGAGAAUGAAAACGGCGUACAUCUGAGACAAAAAUGGUAAGACACGCCCCCUUCC